CGACAUCGACAACGUUUUUUUUUGCAUCAUGGCCGCCUUAGCGCAGCAAAUAUUGCUGGAGGUUGCCGAAAAAGAGGCCUCCUACAAGCCCGUAGACGUCGUUAAGGACUUGGAUCUCGAGUUCGACAUCGGGAACCUUCUAGCCACAGAUCCGAACCCUUUGGAUGCCGCCAAGCUCAAGUCGGAGUCUCGAGAAGAGUACCUCAAGGAGCUCGCAAGAGAUGACACACAGCUGCUCAUCAAAAGACUCUUCCAGUUGCCUACAGAACGGAGGGAAGACGUCGUCGUUGCUGUGUUGCCUGCUGGGACCACGAGGAUACCCAGGGAGAAACCAGUACCCAAACCUAAGCCUCCAACGAGAUGGUCCGAGUUUGCCAAGCAGAAAGGCAUCAAGUCUCGCAAGCGCGAAAAGCUGGUGUGGGACGAGACCAUCAAGGACUGGCGACCUCGGUAUGGCUACAAGCGAGCCCAGGUUGAGAAGAAGAACAACUGGCUGAUUGAAGUUCCUGAAAAUAAAGACCCCAUGGUGGACUACCACGCUGAGCUGAAAAAGAAGAAGAAGGAGCGCGUAGCCAAGAACGAGUACCAACGGCUACGGAACAUUGCACGCAACCACAAGGCCAAGGUGCCCAAGAACCUGUUUCUGCCUACGGAAAACCUCAACAAAGAUGAGGUCUCCAAGGCAGUCACUGUUGCCAAGGCGGCGACUGCAUCGCACGGCAAGUUUGCCGGCACACUCAAAGAAGAAAAGAAUGUUAAAGUCAGACGCGCGAAGCGCAAGUUUGAGUCCAAUUUUGGGGACACCAGGAAGGAGCGUGAUGCCCAGUUGAAGGUGUUUGAGGACAUGCAGCGCAAGAAGCCCAAGCUUGACGUGAAGCGGGCGGCAAACCAGUUCAUUCACCAGGAAGAGAUCGAGGCCUCCGAAAACCCUGGCCGACGGAAGGCGGGCAAGAAGCACCAUGGAAAGGAGAAGUCCUCAAAGAAAAAGGGUGGUCUCAAUCGCAAAGGAAGGAACCGACCACAAAACGCAAAGCACAAGAAGGGCAGGAAGAAGCAAUAAAUGGAAUUUUUGUUGCACAAUCAA